AUGCCGGGCCCCCCGGCGGCGGCGGCGGCGGCAGCGCCCCCCGGGCCGGACCCGGAGGAGCGCUACGAUUUCCUCUUCAAGCUGGUGCUGAUCGGCGACGCCAGCGUGGGCAAGACGUGCCUGGUGCAGCGGUUCAAGACCGGGGCCUUCGCCGAGCGCCAGGGCAACACCAUCGGCGUGGACUUCACCAUGAAGAGCCUGGAGAUCCAGGGCAAGCGAGUCAAGUUGCAGAUCUGGGACACAGCUGGCCAGGAAAGGUUUAGGACCAUCACCCAGAGUUAUUACCGAAGCGCCAAUGGAGCUAUCCUAGCCUAUGACAUCAGCAAGAGGGGAUCUUUCCAAUCUAUUCCUCGCUGGAUCGAGGAUGUGAGAAAGUAUGCCGGCUCCAAUAUAGUUCAAUUACUAAUUGGAAACAAGUCUGACCUAAGUGACCUUCGGGAGGUUCAGCUAGAGGAAGCUCAGAGUCUGGCUGAACACUAUGAUAUCAUCUGUGCCAUAGAGACUUCUGCAAAGGACUCCAGCAACGUGGAGGAAGCGUUUGUGAAGAUGGCAAUGGAGCUCAUGAUGAGGCAUGGAGGCCCCAUGUUCAGUGAGCAAAACACAGACAACAUCAAACUUGACAGCAAAGAUGUAGUAGAAGGAUGGGGGUGUGGCUGCUGAUACAGUUUAUGAGAGCUCUCAUUUUUUACUGGAAUUUAGAGGGUACCCUUCUUUCACA